AUGGAUUCCUGUAAAAAGAUACGUUUAACAUCGAAAUCUCAAUUUAAUAAAAAUGUGAGAUAUGAACUUAAAAAUUUGGAUAAUUUGAGAAAGAAUAAUGCAACCUCAACAAUUACUUUCAAGAAUUCUAGUUCAGUUGUACAGUGUGACCCUAAUUCUGCUUCUGAAAUAUCAAAUGCGUUAUGCAACAAUAAUGUUUCAAAUAUACUAUGCCCACAAUUAUAUGAGACAGAAAAUGAUUCUCUAAUAUUACCAACAAUUUCAUCUGUCCAAACCUUCAGUUUACCUGACAAUAAUGUUGUAAAUAAGGACAGCAGUGUAUUAGAGAACUCAACAAUUAUUUCUAUUCCUGAUCAAUUACGAACAUGGGCAAUUAAGAAUAAAAUUACUCAUGUUGCUUUGGGUGAACUUCUAUUAAUUCAAAAACAAAUACCUAGCUUAGAAAAUUUACCCAAAUGUCCAAGGUCAUUUUUAAAUACACAAAGAAAAACCGUUUUGAGAGACAUAAAUCCAGGAAAAUACUACCAUUUUGGUUUAGAAAAUGGUAUUGUCAGUAUGCUUGAAAAAAUUGAUUUGUCCAAUACGAGUGUUAUCAACGUUGGAAUUAAUAUUGAUGGUUUACCCCUUAGUCACUCAUCAUUAAGUCAAGUUUAUCCUAUUUUAUGUUUGAUAACUAAUGCCAAUAUCUUAAUUUCUUCAAAUAUUUUUUGUGUAGGUAUCUACCAUGGCUACGAUAAACCAUGUCAUUUUAAUGACUUUUUAGAAGAGUUUGUUCACGAAGCUGUUAAUCUAACAUUAAAUGGUAUACAUAUAGGCACUAGACAUUUUAAUUUUAAAAUUGUCAUGUUAUUAUUCGAUGCUGUUGCUAAAGCAAGUGUUUUACGAAUCAAAGGACAUAGUGGUUACUCUUCAUGUUCAAAAUAUACUCAAGAAGGAGAAUACCUGGAUCAUGUUAUUUUUCCUGAUAUUGAUUUUAUUAAAAGAACUGAUGAAGAUUUUUUAAACCAAACAGAUCCAGAACACCAUACUGGUCAUACUAUUCUUCAGCAAAUUCCUAACUUAGGUUUAGUUACUGAAGUCCCCCUUGAUUAUAUGCACUUAGUAUGUCUAGGCGUGGUUAAGAAGUUGCUAGUUAACACUUGGUGUUUUGGGCGUCCCCCUCAUAAAUUACCAUCAAGAACUGUGGGGAUCAUAUCUGAUUCGUUGUUAAAUUUAGUUAAAUAUAUACCUCAUGAGUUCGCAAGAAAACCAAGACCACUUAAAGAGGCCAAACGGUAUAAAGCCACAGAAUUUAGGCAAUUCCUGUUGUAUACUGGUAUAAUUGUUUUAAAAAACAAUUUAAAUAAACAGAAAUAUGAUCAUUUCUUAACAUUACAUGUUGCAAUCCGUAUAUUGUUGUCUGACACAUUAUUGCUAACUAUGACUGACUAUGCGGAAGAGUUAUUAAAGCAUUUUGUUGUUUCUUCCAAAUUAAUUUAUGGUCCUCAAAUUUUAUCACAUAAUUUCCAUAAUUUACUACAUUUGACUGACGAUGCCAGAAAGUAUGGAAAUUUAAACUUAUUUAGUAAUUUUUCUUCUGAAAAUUACCUACAGAAAAUAAAAAAACUUUUAAGAGCACACAACAAUGUUUUAUCACAAAUAGUACGACGGUUUUCAGAAGAAAGAUCUUUACUACAGAUUUCCCCUACAAUUAAAAUUCAACCUGGUAGUUUCAAAUUAGAAAAAAUACAUAAUAAUGGCAUUUUAAUUAAUGAUACUACAGACCCUCAGUACAAACAAGUAUCUUUUUCUAACUUUAAACUUUGUUUGAAAUUGCAAGAUUCAUGUUGCAAACUAAAAUGCGGCACUAUUAUUGAAAUUAUAAACUUUGCCUAUUGCCAGACAUUAAAUCAAGUAGUUAUUAUUGGUUUGAAAUAUAAUAAUAUAUCUGACUUUUACACAAAACCUUGUUCUUCAUCUAUAUUUGGCAUUCAUGUUGUUAAUGACUUAAGUAAAAGUUAUUCGCAUUGGCCAUUAUCAGAUGUCUAUCAAAAAUUAAUACGUUUACCCUAUGACAGAAGUUUUGUAGUUAUACCAUUGCUACAUAUUGAAAAUUGA